AUGAAUGCUUCCACCUUCAUUUACAGUCCACUCUUGUACUGGAUCAAUAUGCAGAAACACCACGGUAUCAAUUCAGCUAUUCAAAUAGACCCUCCCACAGCUGUUACCUUCAGUGAGAUGAAAGACCAUACUCCAGAUUGUCUGUGGGAUUCAGACACCCCUGAAGUCAGGGAUUAUGGCCUCAGAGGCAGCAUGUGCAGGGCAGAGACCCCUGUUGCUAUGCAAGCUGCUCUGGUGGUCUCAGGGCAGCCCGCAUCUAAUCAGAUGCCACAGCACCAGACCACAUCCCCAUUCCCGAUCCUCAUCUUUCAGGAGAUACCCUUUUCCCCACCCCUCCACAAAAUGCCUCCCAUGUUGGAACACACUGUCUCCUACCCGCUGGACAUCUAUCCUGAAAGGAACGUCUACUACCAUUCCCUUCCCACACUGGCCCUGGAAUGA